GGCUCUUCCGGGGGCAGUGGCCCCCGCCGCCGCCCCGCCUCAGCCGCUGCCCCGGGCUCUCCGCCGGCUCCUCCGCCCUCAGCCAGAGCCGCCCUCGGGCGGGACGCGAUGCGCCCUGAUGCCGCCGCCGCGGGGCAGCCCGCAGUGCACGCCGCGGACCGGCUUCCCGACUCUCCUCGCGCCGCCCAACAGCCCCAACGGCCCUCACCCCGGCGCGAACGCCAGGGCCGGCGCCCCGAGCGGCUCCUCAAGCCGCAGCCCAGCCCAACGUGGCACUUUGGCAAAUCCUCCCCGGCCGGGACUGCGAUUCAAACCAGAGGUUCGACGGCCAAUCGUGAGCGGGUCACCGGUCGAGCGGCAGCGAUUUUGUCCAAUUAUGUCUCAGCCUAGGCUCGCGGUUAUCCCGUCUCGCGGCAAGCAGCCAAUGGAACUCUGGAAGAAACAAAGGCGGGGAAAGUCGAAGGGGUGCGGCCGAAGCUCCGCCUUCUCCACUCUCCUGCGUAGGAUCGUUUCUGAGGAAGCCUUUGGGUGGCUGCAUCCUCGUCGCCUUGGUGGUAUCCGACCAUUUAAUUGACGGGCUGCGUGGGCAAUGAAAGAGAAAUGCAUCUCCAGACCAUUCCCCCUGAAUCGCCUGCACGGUGCAGGUGGAUGCGAGGCCGCUGAACCCAAUCCAGAUGCCAGACACCCCAGUUGAUCUCUGCCAUGGUGGGUUUCGGCGUCUUGCUGCCAGAAUGGAAAUCCUGCCUUCUCCCCAGCACUUUCCACUCCUGGUUGGAGCUUUGGGAGAAUUCCUUUUUGCAGGCGUGGAAAUUAUCUCAGAUCUGUGUCCUGGAUGGGCUUAUUUUACUGUUCUGCUAUUUUUAAAUCAACUCAUUAAAAAGAAUAUAUUUGUAUGUAUGUGUAUACUUUUCUAGGACAAGUAGUUAUAGCUCCUUUACAUCUCAUAACUCUGUAUCUCCAAUAAAGAACUAGUGUCACUUGCUAUAGCUGAAAAAUAAAAUACACUAUUGAAACAAAAGGUACUUUUCUUCGUGUUGCAACUUUUAGUGGCUCAUCCACACCCUGAGAAAUGCCCCAGAGCAAAGGCCCGUUCUUCACUCGCUGCAGUAAAUUCACUGCAGCACCCACGUAAGUUUUAUUGUGGUUACUCUUCUUUCUGUGUGUGUAUGUGUGUGGUUAUCCUUUUAUAAAUGAUAUGAGAUUUCCUAAAUGUCUUCAGGAGGCCUGGAUAUGUCAAAAAAAAAGUAACGCCCAUGCGGAAACCCAGUACAGAACCACAGAUCUUCAAGGCUUCAGUCUAAAGCAUUCCCAGCCAGACUGGUCUGUGGCCAUAAAUAGCUAAACUGUUCUUUGUUUCCAACUCAAAAACAUCUACAUGCCCUGAAAAUCAGAAGUGGCAAGUUUCCAGUUACACCAGCAAGGAUAUGGAGACAUCAGCCUAGAUGCUUCAGGCAGGAGGGCUUUCUAAUGCCCAGGUUGGGGGCAAUGGGCUGUCACAGGAUCUUGUGUCCAGUCUUCCCUAUGGCAGCUCCUCCCCAUUCACUCAGCGUAAUCAGCGAACAAGGGCUGCUCCUGAAAUCUAGUAUUCCCGGUCUCCUUCCAAAGCCUAACCGCCAAGCAUUAAUCUUUGCUCCCCCAGCCCCCAUUCUUUAACUUGAAAGAUCAUAUCCGGUGGCAAGAUGUACAGAGCCUGGUAUCUGCAGGCACUCAACACUCCUUACUGGUGUUUUUUUUGUUUUGUUUUGUUUUUAUCUGAUGAGAUUUCUACAAUGAAUAUGUUACUUUUUUUUAAAAGCAAACAA